AUGAACACCAUCGUCUUCAACAAGCUCAGUAGCCAAGUGCUUUUCGAGGACAGCGGUGCCAAGGAACGGGAGCGGGGCGGUCGACCUUACAGUGGGGUCCUGGAUGGGGCCCACCACCACCACCACCCGGAGGUGGUCAUUCCCGACAGCCCAUCAAUCAAAGAUAACCUCAGUCUCAGACACAGGAGGACAGGGGCUCGACAGAAUGGAGGGAAGGUGAGGCACAAGCGGCAGGCCCUACAAGACAUGGCACGGCCCCUCAAACAGUGGCUUUACAAGCAUCGGGACAACCCAUACCCCACCAAGACUGAGAAAAUCCUCUUGGCCCUAGGCUCCCAGAUGACCUUGGUGCAGAGUUUUUUGCCUCCCCUAGAUGGAGAAAAUCCCCCAAGAAACCACGUGAAUGAAUCCGGGUAUAAUAACCCAGUUCAUCAUGCAGUAAUUAAAACAGAGAGCUCUGUGAUCAAAACUGGAGUAAGACCAGAGCCCGGCACCAAUGAGGACUACGUGUCACCCCCUAAAUACAAGAGCAGCUUGUUGAACCGGUACCUUAAUGACUCUUUGCGACACGUCAUGGCCACAAAUGCAGCAAUGAUGGAAAAAACGAGACAGAGAAACCAUUCGGGGUCAUUUAGUUCCAAUGAAUUUGAGGAGGAACUGGUGUCUCCAUCAUCAUCAGAAACUGAAGGCAACUUUGUCUAUCGAACAGACACUCUGGAAAAUGGAUCCAAUAAGUGUGACAGUGCAGCUAACAGAAAGGGCGGGAGCAAAGAUGAAACCUAUUGGAAGGAAAUCAAUGCAGCGAUGGCCUUAACUAAUCUGGCGCAGGGAAAAGACAAACUGCAGGGCACCACCAGCUGCAUCAUUCAGAAAUCAUCGCAUAUAUCAGAGGUUAAGACUGUCAAAGUGCCACUAGCCCAACAAUUUUAAGUGCUUGCUACCUGUGGGAUCCAAUGGACAUUCCUCACGCCAUUUGUAUUUCUGUAAAGUCAGAACCCAAGACCUGGAGCAAGCAUCAA